AUGUACAAGACAAACUAUGAACUCUACUCCCGACCGAGUAUCGACAGCCGGCGCUCGCCGCCUCCAGAUGAAUUGCUGUCUCCGUUAGCAGAGCUCUAUCCGCACGUUGCGGCCCUGCAGCCACGCUACAAUCCCAACAACUGCGCAUUCACCGGUUACCGCCACACGGGCUAUUGGGCCGCAGCAUAUACCACGCAGUCGCUGGAAGAGCCUCCCUGUGUGCAACGAAGCAAUGGUACGUUUCAUGGCAUGGCCUUUGUUUGA